GGAUUAUUUAGCAAGACACCGACCUUGGAGCGGAAAAGUUCGCUGCCAGCAGGUGCACUGCAGAGCGGCGACGUGAGAGCAGCAGAGCUGACGACGAUGUUCAAUUCCCGCCCCUUCAUAGCUCCUGCAUUGAGACUGUCGCUCGGCGGCUUGCAACAACAUCGUCGCACCGGAAGUCUUGGAUCAGGUACGACCCUCGAUAUCGAUGACAUAGAUAUUGGAGAUGACUUCUCUUUCAGUCAGAGCUGGAGUGGGAAGGCACCACAGAACACGAGCGGGACCCACACGAGCGGGGCCCACACAGGAAAGUUACUGUCCGCUGCGGAAGUAAGAGCAAAGUACCAACGCGGGAAGCCAACAGAGCUUAGCGGAAGUCUGGGGCAGUCGAAGGAGAGGUUGAUGGAGCGGCAAGAGAAACUGGAGGUAUCGUCUCUUUCCUGAUCUCUUUUAUUUCGCCCAUUGUUCUUGUCAUGGAAGUAAAAGUGAGGGGGAGUG